AUGAAGUACAAUCCUUGCUUCCAUUUAAUUUCUCUUUUGUGGGUACAAUGUUUCAUAGUUUGCUCAUCAGCUAUAACUGUCAGAAAUCUCACCACUGAUCAGUUUGCACUUGUUCAGUUUAAAGAUGGAAUUGUGGAUCCUCAAAAUGUAUUGGCCAACAGCUGGAAGACCUCUACUUCAGUUUGCAAGUGGGUUGGGGUUUCUUGUGGUCUCAUCCACGAAAGAGUUGUGGCUUUGAAUCUUAGAAACUUGAAUCUUGCGGGUACCAUCCCUCCCCAAAUUGGGAAUCUUUCAUUUCUACUUUCUCUCGACUUGGGCGGCAACCAUUUCUAUGGCCACCUGCCUAAAGAAUUGGGACACCUGCAUCGUUUGAAGGUCCUUCGAUUAAGCUUGAAUGGUCUUAAUGGAGAAAUCCCAUCGUGGCUUGGGAACUUACACAGAGUUAAAAUGUUGAAAAUAAGAAAUAAUAAUUUCACAGGUACAAUCCCUCAAACACUCGUCAACAUGUUCAAUCUUGAGAUCUUGAACUUGGGAUACAAUCGACUAUUUGGUCAGGUUCCAUCUUCUAUCUUCAGAAUGACCUCUUUAAAAGAGAUUUGGGUUGAUCAUAAUAGUCUUUCUGGAAGCUUGCCCGAAGAUCUCUGUCACCAUCUUCCCAAGCUUGAAAUUCUUCUAUUAAGUGCGAAUAAUUUAUCUGGUAAUAUUCCAUCAAGUGUAGGCAAAUGCAGCAACCUUCAAUGGUUGUAUUUGUCUAUUAAUAAGUUUAGUGGGACCAUUCCAAGAAACAUUGGAAAUCUGACGCAGCUCAAAGAAUUGUAUUUGGGAGGCAAUAAUUUAGAAGGUGAAAUACCUGAAGAAAUUGGUAAUCUUGUUAGUUUGGAGAUGCUAAAUAUUCAAGUAAUUGAAGGCCUUACGGGUCGAAUUCCGACUUGUAUCUUCAACAUUUCUUCUCUCAAGCUUAUUGAUCUCUCCAACAAUAGUCUAUCAGGUACUCUGCCUGAUGAUCUGUGUCACCAUCUUCCCAAACUUGAAGAGCUUUAUUUGGAUUCAAAUGAAUUCGGAGGGAUCAUUCCAACAAGUAUUUGGAAUUCAACCACGCUCCGAAGUAUCUCUCUAUCUGACAACAUUUUAGAAGUUUUAACAGGAAACUUGCCUCCCAUGACCAACAUUCCAAAGCUUGAGAAGCUUACUUUGCGGGCAAAUAAACUCAGCGGAAACAUUCCCAACUCUAUCUCCAAUGUUUCAAUGCUCAAGGUUCUAGAUUUACAGCAAAACUUCUUCUCUGGCCCAAUUCCAGAUACGCUUGGCAACUUAAGACACCUUCAAUGGUUAAAUAUUGGAUUCAAUAAUUUGACCACAGAAUCUGCUACUCAUGAGUGGACCUUUCUUUCUUCUUUGGCUAAUUGUAGGAAUUUGACAUAUAUAGGGGUAUCGGGAAAUCCAUUGAAAGGAUUUCUUCCUACUUAUAUUGGGAACCUUUCGUCAACCCUUCAAAACUUUUUGGCUUACAAUUGUAAGCUUAAAGGUAAUAUUCCUAUGGAAAUAGGUAACUUAAGCAGUAUAUUGUUUUUACAGCUUGGAAGCAAUCAGUUGAGUGGAUCUAUUCCCACAUCAAUAGGACGGCUGCGAAAUCUCCAAGCUUUGCGUCUUUCCUCUAAUAAAUUACGAGGGCCCAUCUCACAAAGCAUAUGUGGUUUGGGGAGAUUAUACGCCUUGACUUUAUUGAUGAAUCGGCUGCAUGGACCUAUACACAUUUGUUUUGGUAAUUUGACUUCUUUGAGGUAUCUUGGCUUGGCUUCCAACAGACUGACUUCUCCAAUACCUUCAACUUUGUGGAAUCUCAAAGAUAUCUUAAUAUUAGAUUUGUCAUCGAAUUACUUCAACAAUUCUCAUGCUCUUGAUGUUGGAGUUCUGAGGAGUCUAUUGAAAUUGAAUUUAUCAAGGAAUCUGCUCACCGGUGAUAUCUCAUCUUCAAUUGGGGGUCUUCUAACUCUGGCUUCAUUAGAUUUAUCUAAUAAUAAAUUACAUGGUCAUAUCCCCCAAUCACUCGGUGGUUUGAUUAGUUUGGAAUUCUUGAAUUUAAGCCAUAACAAUCUCUCUGGAACUAUUCCCAUGUCUUUGGAAAAGCUUUCAUAUCUGAAAUAUUUUAAUGUGUCUUUCAAUAGACUUGAAGGAGAAAUUCCCGACAAUGGAUGUUUUCCAAACUUUUCCAGCACGUCAUUCAUGAACAAUUAUGCACUUUGUGGUCAACCAAGAUUGCUAGUCUCACCUUGCAAGAAAAACAUCCACAAAAACUCCAAGAAGAUAUUGCAUGCUUUAAGGUACGGCUUACCUGCAUUUGGGAUUGUCAUUGUACUAAUAGUCUUAACUAUUAUGUACAGAAAACGCCAAAGUAGGAGUACAACUCUACCAAUUCAGGAUGACUCGUCGAUUUUGAACACAUGGAGAAGAAUUUCACGUGCUGAGCUUUCACAAGCAGCCAAUGAAUUUGAGGAAAGUAAUUUACUUGGUUCAGGGAGUUUUGGAUAUGUAUAUAGAGGAAGGCUUUCAGAUGGAAUGGAAGUAGCAAUAAAAGUCUUCAAUUUGCAGAUAGAAGGAGCAUUUAGGAGCUUUGACAUUGAAUGUGAAGCUUUGCGUAAUAUAAUUCAUCGGAAUCUUGUAAAGAUCGUUACUUGCUGCUCUAAUGUUGAGUUCAAAGCCUUGGUGCUUGAUUUCAUGUCUAAUGGAAGCCUUGAGAAGUGGUUACAUUCUGAAAAUUGUUCUCUUGAUAUCCUACAAAGGAUGAACAUAAUGAUAGAUGUUGCAACAGCUCUUGAACAUCUCCAUACUGGACAUCCAACACCUGUAAUUCAUUGCGACCUAAAACCGAGUAAUAUUCUACUUGAUGAAGACAUGGUUGCACAUGUGGGAGAUUUUGGCAUUGCCAAAUUGUUGGGAGAAGGAGAUGUAAUGAGACAAACCGUGACUCUUGCAACUAUCGGCUAUAUGGCACCAGAAUUCGGAUCAGCAGGAAUUGUUUCUAUAAAAUGUGACGUCUAUAGUUAUGGGAUUGUCCUAAUAGAAACUUUCACAAAGAAAAGGCCAACUGAUGAAUUUUUUACUGAUGAAAUGACUAUGAGAGAUUGGGUGAAAAGAUCAUUGUGUAGAGGACUGAUAGAUAUUGCAGAUGCUAAUAUAUUAAGAAGAGAGGAUGAGUACUUUGUUGUUAAAGCAAAUUGUAUUGCAUCUAUCAUGGACUUAGCUUUGGGUUGUUCAACUGAUUCACCGGAAGAAAGAAAAGAUAUGAAAGACGUUGUUGUUGAGCUGAAGAAAAUCAAACAAAGGUUUCUAAACGACAUCGGACAUGUUUAG